UCUGCUUCGGAUGGCUGGAUGCAUCGUUUUAAGCAGCGGUUUGGAUUGCGCGUGAAAGCCGUAACAGGAGAAAAGGCAUCGGUAAACGUUGAAGCGUACCUAAAUUUCAAGAAGGUUCUACAGAAGAAGAUUCAGGAAAUGCAGCUAUCACUAUCCCAAGUCUUUAAUGCAGAUGAAUCUGCCUUGUUCAUCAAGCUCCUAGCCACACGCUCUGUCGUUACCUGUGAUGAGACCGUGGCAAGGGGACGGAAGCAAAACAAGACAAGGUAUACGUUUAUGCCUUGCUCCAACAUAGAUGGUUCCCUACAGCUUCCGUUGUAUUUCAUUUGCACUGCUGCAAAACCACGAGGAAUCAACAUCGAAGAACUUCCCGUUUCAUAUAAUCAUUCCAAAAAGGCUUGGAUGACCAGACUGUUGUUCCGUCAAUGGUUCCACGAAGAGUUUGUCCCCGCUGUUCGAAAAUUUUCGGCCGAGAGAGGAUUGGAGCCAAAGGCAUUGCUGGUUCUUGAUAAUUGCACCAGUCAUUAUGACGUUGACGAAUCUCUACAGAGUGACGAUGGACUGAUUCAAGUGAUCUACCUCCCACCAAAUGUAACUGCUGAAUGCCAGCCGAUGGACCAAGCGGUCAUCAAUGCAAUCAAGCGAAAGUAUAAAAGAAAACUGAUGCUCGCAUUAAUUCUGGAAAACGAACACUUAAGUUUCGAAGAACGAUUGAAGAAGAUUAAUCUUCAACAGUGUAUUUCGUGGUUGGCAACCUCUUGGGAGGAGAUAUCUGACAAAACUAUACGUAAUUCGUGGAAGAAAUUGAUCGAUGGUUUGCCGGAGGAUGCUGUUAAUGUAGACUCGAAAGCGGCCGAUGAUGACUUCAAAGCGCUUGUGUCCAGGAUUGACAGUUUGGCAGGAACAAAAACAUCUGAGCAAGAUAUUGAUCUGUGGAUCAAAGAUCAGGUGUAUGAUGCUGAUCAUAAUCCAGAUUGGGUAACCAGUGAAGUGUUCUCUGAUGACGAGAUUCUGUCAUCAGUUCUCAAGAAAGAUCAACCUGAAAUGCAAGAAGAAUGGUUGGUAGACACAGAAGAUGGAAGUAAUUCGUUUGAUACUUCCAUUACUAGUACCGGAGAUCCUGAUUUUGGCGAUGCAAUCAAGUCAAUUGAUUGCCUAGUUCGCUAUAUGAAGCAUGAUGUUGCAGAAGUAUGCCGUUUGAACGCGCUACGUUCGAAAAUCACUGAAGUUGAAUGGCUAAAACGAGCAUGUUGAAGAACUCUACCAUUUUGUUGAAAAUGAAUUUACGUGGUUUGUUUAAUUUUGUUUGAAACGUUUAAAAUAAAUAUUGUUUUUGUUGAAUAA